AUGCUUAAAUUACCAAAGGGAUUAAAAAAGAAGAAAAACAAAAAGUCAAAAAAGAAUCAAGAACUUUUCACCGAAGAAGAACUUGAGCAGUUUAAGCGUGAGCAGAAAGCCAAACAGCUUGCCGAACAAGAAGAAGCUGAAAAACAGGAGGUACAACGACAACAAUCAGUAGCAGCCGCAGAAGCAGCAACAGCAUCAACAUCAACAUCCAAGCCAAAAACCGAUGACGACGAAUGGUCGAAAUUCACUCAACUAACGAGUGGCAUCGAUUCAAUUCUAAAGAAGACACAAGGUGAUUUAAAUCGCAUCAAAGAGAAAUCUUUCUUCCAGAAAGUUGUACCGCCAAAGCCAAAGCCAGAGGUAAAAUUACCGGAAAAAGUCGAAGAAGAAAAACCCAUUCUUACCGAAGAGGAAUUAGAAGAGCAACGUAAAUUAGCGGCACUCAGAGAGGCCGUUGUUGAACUUUCCGAUUCGGAAGGUGAAUCGGAGGAGGACGAGGAUAUCUUUGAUACCAAUUACAUCGAUGAAUUAGCCAGUGGAAAUUUACCGCUCGCAUACGUUCCAGAAUCACCCGAAGAAUCAGAUUUAGGACCCGAUCCGUUCGAUACUAAUUUUGCCGAGAAAGUUAUCAAAGGGCCCGAAGUAUCGAAGCGUGGCAAGAAAAUCGUUAAUAUCGGCUCAGCGGUUGAAGUUUUAACCGGACGCGUUGAAAAUGUUGCAUUAAAUAAGGAAGCAUUGAAACGACCACGACGUGGACCACAAAAUUUACUGCUUUCCAGUUUUGAUCAAGAUAAGGAGCCAGCCGAAGAGGAAACAGUUGUUGAAGAGAUCAAAGCAAAAGUUGUCGAAGAGAAACCAGUGCUUUCAUUACUAGACGAUUCGAGUGACGUUAUAGCUGAUGCUCCGAUUGAUAUAGGUCACGUGGACACACGUUAUUUGGAAUUUUUGAAACAGAAACAAGAAGAAGAAAAAGAAGCGGAAAGACUGCGCAAAGAGGCCGAACGUGACGAGUUUGAUGAUUUGGCCGAAGAGUCACUGACCAAACCAAAAACAGAUGUUAUUGUAGUUGAUCCAAGCACUCUCAUUAUCGAACCAAUUCCAGUUGAGCCCGGCAAUUGGAAAUCGGAAUUCGAGGAACAAGCCGAAUUGGGCAUUGUUGAUGUGUACGACGACGAUAUCGCCGAAGAAGACGUAGAUCCAUUUGAUACUGAAUUUGUUGCAACGGUUGUACGUGAAAAGAGUAUUGACGACGACGAUUUUGAUCCACGUGCCGGUGAAGAGCCAGUUGAACCGGAGUCUAUCAAAAAAAUCGAACCAAUUUACCAAACAAAUUUAGCGGUUAAGCAAAAGGAUUUAUUGAGCGGCAGCACAAGUGAUUUGACCGAUUUAUCACACAUCCCAGUAAUCGCUGCCAGCGAAUCGAUCGAAAAGGAAAUCGAUCCAUUCGAUACAUCGGCCAUAAGUGAGUUGGUGCAACCGAAAGAAACGGAAAUCAAAUAUUUGGAAAAAGAAUUGUUAAGUGACGGCGGUUUAAAACAUUCGUUGAGUGACCCGGACUUUGAUCCAAGAAGUGACGAAAAAGUUAUCGAAAAACCACAAGCACAAAUAACUACAGCCGAACGCAAAUCAUCGCUUUGCUUGAAUAUUGGCCAACAUCCAGCGAAGACUGUUGUGUUUGAUGUGAGUGGCACCUUGAACCCAAACAGCGACGGAAGAAAGAAACCAGUGACGCCAUACUAUUCCGACAAAUCGAUUGAAGACGUUAACGAGGCAGCUGACAUAAGCGAUUCAGAUUUUGAUCCACGUGCCGUUACACCGAACCAAAACCAAGCCCAAAAAACAGACUUGUUGAGCGCGAGCGGAGAUAAUAUUGAUAUCAAAGUACUUACGCCAGCCACAUCAACAAACAAUCAAGAGGAAGAAUUCGCUGUCGAAGAUCCAUUCGACACAAGUAACGCAUCUGCACUUCUAUUGCCCGGCAAAGCCGAACUCAAAUUGAUUGAAAACGAAUUGAUUGAAACCAUUCAAAGCACUGAAAAGACCAACGUUUUGGACAUCAACUCCGAUCAGCAGGAACUCGGUUUAGGUGGAAAAGUUCUAACGCCCCAAAUCACCUUACCCGUUGAGGAUUCAUUUGACGAUAUCGAUCCGUUCGAUACAUCGUUCGCAAGCAAUAUCGGACCUGGCCAAGCCGAAAUCAAGGUGCUUGAGUCUGAAUUGAUUCACAAGUAG